UGGAAAGGGAGGGAGGGAGUGAGAGAGAGAGUGUGGGGGUAGAGAGUGUGAGAGAGGAACGGGCAGACAGAGGGAAGUGGAAGCCAGUCACAGCAUCUCCUCCCCACUGCACCAGUGGAGAGGGACAGGUCCUCUCCUCACCUCUCCUAAAGGUUCCUGUUUAUUUUUUCGGGUUGUCGCGUUUGGUUUUUCCUUUGUACUUCACUCGAGGACUGCUGAAUGAAACCGCAUUAUUGUGUUGACUUAUUUUUGAUUUGGGCAACGGAAAUAAGAGGAGAUGCGCACAGAGGGCAGUGUUGAAACCAGGACUUGAACUGGGAUACUCUUUCUCUGAUCUGGUGGAGUGGAUUCUCUUUUGUUAUGCUUGGGUUUUUGUUACAGAGAGCAGACACUGAGUGGACGAAAUAAUCAAAAGGCCAGACAGCAAUGCCUCCCCUGAACAAAAAGGGCAUUUAAAAGGACCCAGGAUUGUAUACGUAAUUAUAUCAAUCACGGAAACAGGCACUUUUGAGGCAGUGUUGAUGUGAAUCUCUUUUACCCCUGGUGGUUUCAGAGUGUUGGUAGGAUAAACAGGAGGAAUGCAGAUUGAUCUGACACCCAUCCCAGCCUGGGUCCUGAACAGGGAGGAGAAACAAUCUGAAGAACACACAGACACUCAGAUGGCCUCUAGAGACUCCAGUAUCCCUUCAUGUGGUCGAGUGGAUGACUCCCGUCGACUCCGACUGUCUUAACGUGAUCAACCUUCUUUACAACCUUGAAGACAAAAGUUUCAGGAAAGUGUGUGGAUUUGGACUCCAGAGACUAAAGCCUGAUUUGUUGCUGUGUGUGUGUGUGCGCGUGCACACACACACACACACACAGGCACACAACUAACAGGAUCGGGGUUUUGCUGCACCUCGCCUGGCCUCUGUCUGACUGCGGAGCAUUGUAAACAUAAUUCCCCAGCGCUCUGUGGAACGAGAGCCAUGACAUUAACACCCACCGAGAGCCCUGUGUUUUUCUAGCGCGUGUCUGUGUUUUGAUUUGGACAAUAGCAGCGCAUACGGUGGGUCCAGACACAGACCACAGGACAUGGUAUUACUCCAAAAUAAAAGGAUGCAAACUACAAGAAUGAGAACUGACUGCUGCUACCCUGCAGUUACAGCAUUUUAUUAUAUUCUUUUUAAUACAUUUUUUUUUACUUUAGAGGGCAGCCUAACACUGGCUAAUGAGGAUGUAUUGUCAUUACUCGUGUGACUUUGGGAUUUUACCAGCGGUUCUUUCUCUGUGAUCUUAAACAAGCUCUUCAAAAGUCAGAAUGGCUUUUUUGCUGUAAAUUAUUUAAUAAAAUGUUUGUCUUAUUCACAGUCUCAAAAUAGUUGUCACAUGACCCCGGUCUUCUUGCGGUAGGUUCUGUGCUUAAGCGCCGUGCCUACUCACUACUCCUGGCUUCUUAGCUCUGUUCAUUUUUUGCCCUCGUCUGGACAACAACCCCUGCGCUCGACCCCCCAGUGGCGUCCCUUAGUAGAGUCAGGAGAUGUGGUCAGGUAUAGCAGUGGGGAUCUCUGCCGCUGGGAUAGAUCCCUAUCUAAGCAUUGGAAUACUUGUUUCUAUUCGUUGAGGGGAAUUCUUUUCUUCUUCUUCCAACACUCUAAGCAUGACUGAUCGGAAAAGGAAAGCCGCGCCGGCAGUCACGCUGUCCUGUGGCCUGUAUUGAUUUCUGUCAGUCUGUGUUCAUGUGAUUGAGAACUAGCUAUGUGAGAGGCGACGUGAAGGAUCGAAAGAGAGGAGAGCUCUUUUGGCUGCGGGAGGGCCCCGACCGGUCUUCAGUUAGAGGCCGCCUCUGCGUCGCUGGCAGCGCCAACCAAACCGGACCCACAAUGAACCAUUCUGCGCUGCCGACGGACCCGGUGCCCACCGCCAACGGCAGCCUUGUGGGCCCGGACCCCAACCACUCGUGCCCGCUGGGCUGGGGCCAGAACGAGGGCCUGGAGGCUUGUGUCUUGGAGACGGCGGUCAUCGUGCUGCUCACGGUUCUCAUCAUUGCCGGGAACCUGACGGUCAUCUUUGUGUUCCACUGCGCGCCACUACUGCACCACUACACCACCAGCUACUUCAUCCAGACCAUGGCCUACGCCGACCUGCUGGUAGGCCUCAGCUGCCUGGUGCCCACCCUGUCCCUCCUGCACUACCCGGCCGGCGUGCAGGAGCCCGUCACCUGCCAGGUCUUCAGCUACGUCAUCUCGGUGCUCAAGAGCGUCUCCAUGGCCUGCCUGGCCUGCAUCAGCGUGGACCGCUACUUGGCCAUCACCAAGCCUCUGUCCUACAACCAGCUGGUGACGCCCUGCCGACUCCGCGGCUGCAUCGCCCUCAUCUGGGUCUACUCCUGCCUGGUGUUCCUGCCCUCAUUCUUUGGCUGGGGCAAGCCGGGCUACCACGGGGACAUCUUCGAGUGGUGCGCCCAUUCGUGGCCCACAUCGGCCGUCUUCACGGGCUUCGUGGUGUGCCUGUUGUACGCGCCCGCCGCCCUGGUGGUCUGCUUCACUUACUUUCACAUCUUCCGCAUCUGCCAGCAGCACAACCGGGAGAUAAGUGAGAGGCGGGCGCGCUUCCCCAGCCAGGAGAUGGAGGUUGGGGAGGCGGGCGGCGGCGGCAGCGGCGGCGGGGGGCACCCUGGGGGUCACGGUCCGGACAGGUGCUACGCCAUGGUGCUCUUCCGCAUCACCAGCGUCUUCUACAUGCUCUGGCUGCCCUACAUCAUCUAUUUCCUGCUGGAGAGUUUCCAUGUGCUGGUCAGCCCUGCCCUGUCCUUCGUGACCACCUGGCUGGCCAUCAGCAACAGUUUCUGCAACUGUGUCAUUUAUAGCCUAUCCAAUAGCGUGUUCCGUCUCGGCAUGCGCCGCCUCUCGCAGACCCUCUGCUCAUUCAGCCACUGUGCCGCCGAUGACAGGGACUUCGGAGAACCCAAACCCCGGAAAAGGCCAAAGUCCUGUUCCAUCUGAGGCAUUGUGAGGCUCUUGUCAGCUCUUUGCGAAAGUUGCUGAACAUUCAAUUGACAGGGCUGUUCCCAAAGAGAGAGGGUUUAGGCUCGGACCGUUUGUUUGAAGAAUACCAAUGACUUUGCUGCAGUAGUGCUCAGCUGUGAUUUAUAAGCAAGCAUUAGAUUUCUGUGAGGGGGUAACUAAAAACUAAUGUCUAUAUCAUGUGUAGUGGGAUUUAGCUGGUAACCAACUGUACACCAUCUUGUAGAUUUGUUUUUGACCUAUGGUUAUCUCAGACUUUGAUGUUGAGCAAAUAUGUUUUUCAUCAGUGCUACGACAAAGUUGGCUUCUUUCAACUAGAGAAGCAUCUUAUUAAGGGUGACCUUGAGAUUUUAACUCUAUCUGAUUUCCCCAUGAUGUUGACUGGACUGUAUGGAAUUUGGGUGUCAAUAUUAAUACUGCACAAAAGCUGUAUGGGAAUAGACCGCAUCGGCGCGCGUGGAGUUCACAGGGAAUGUGCGUGCAUAUGGCUGACCACUCACUCAUUAUACAUGAUGGCCCGCUACCAUGCGGAUGGCAGGUGACCUUCACCUGUUAGGACAAACUACAUCUGUUGUGGAGUUUGCAGAAGAUUUGGAAGCAGACACGACACUGAACCUUCUAUGACUUUCUCAAAGAAACGGGGCACUCCGUUUGCCCGAGUUACACAAUGUCUUUGGGGAAAAAAACACCCCGCUGGUUUAGUUUUAUUAGAUAUUUCUAUAUUUUGAACAUUUUAUUUUGUAUCUUUCUGUUAAUGCCUCAUGUACAGUAGCUGUUUAGGAGGUAGAUUAGGGGUGAUUGGUUUUGACCUCUACUGAAUUCUCGCUCUCUCUAUAGCUCUCUCUCUAUAGCUCUCUCACUAUCUAUAUAUCUAUCUAUAUAUUCAG